GCCUGGCGCAUGCGCGGAAGAGGCGGCGGAGGAGGAGGAGGCCAUGUUGGCGGCCGGACUGAGGGGAGCCGCGCGAGGCGCCCUCCAAGCGGCAGGGAGGCCUUUUAAUCUGCCCGGGCCUCCCUCUCAGCUGCGGGGCUUCAGGCUUUCUGCGGCGCGGGAAACUGUGAUCGUAGAACGAUGGUGGCAAGUGCCCCUGAGCAAGGAAGGGCGUCCGCCUCGGAUAAAGCAUCGCCGCUAUCGCGUCUUCAGACUGGUGGAGGACCUCAAACAUGUGCCGAAGCCACCGCUGGAACUGAUCCUCACACACUGUGUGGAGGAUGUGGGAAAUCGUGGUGAUCUUGUCUCAGUACACCCGUCGUUUGGUCGUAACAUACUUCUGGCCGAAAACAAGGCUGUUUAUGCCUCCCCUGAGAACAAGAAGAUAUUUGAGGAGGAAAAGCGAUUACGUGCUGAAGGAAAGCUGCCGAGACUCCAAAGUCACUCUGCCAUAAAGACGGUUCGGUUUCUGCGGAACUGCAGUCUUGAAAUUGGAGUGAAUGACUGUGACCAGUUUGAGCUGACCAAUGAGAUUGUGGCUCACCAAUUUUACCGGAAUCUCGGGGUCGUGGUGUCUCUGCAUGCUCUGAAGCUGCCAGACGAGCCGAUUACGCAGUUGGGUGAUUACUGGUGCGACGUCACGGUGAACGGUCUUGACACCAUCCGGGUGCCCAUAUCGGUGGUGAGGUCUGCGACGCCCAUGCCCGAAAGUGAAAGGCUUUGGCUGGCCAGGCCCGAGCCCCAAGCCACCCCUGAGCAGCCCUGGUGAAUUCCCUUUCGAAGCCUCAAGGAAGAGGAUGGGGAAACAGGCAAAGCACUGGAGACAAUCCGUGUGCCUCCACGGUUCCAGAAAGGGAGGCCAACCUCAGUUUGAGUUUGCCAGAAGCUGGGCCCUCUUGUGUUUGAAGGCGGCUGGAAUGGUCACUGAAGUGGAAGGAAAAAUGUUUUGUCUUCUUCCUAAAUAUUAGAAGCAACUUCAGUCUAUAACAAAACAGGUUUCUUUUGCAUGAAAUAAUGGCAGCAGUUCCUUUUGCUUCUGCACUUCUGAACAUGCAUCUCACAAAAAGCAGGAGAAAUAUGAACACCUUGUAAAUAAAGAUACACCUGUCUCAUA